CCUCGCUGUCGCCGCCGCCGCGGCCGCCGCCGGCCUUUCUUCGGCUGUCGCCGCCAGAGCCGCUGCUUUGCGGGUUGGAGGGCCCGGCGUCCGGGGCGAGCGAAGGCAGCGGGUGGGAGCCUGUGCGGGCACUGCGGAACGGGCCGGGGGAGGCCGGGAUGGAGCCCCCCGGAGUUUGUUCCCAGAUGGUCGGAGGAGGGGGCGGCCGCCCGACCUGGCGGAGCCCGUGUGCGCUGAGAGGGAUACUGAGCCGGCCUGCUCUCUCUCCAGUUGACUGAAGCGAGCGAGCUGGGUUCCAGAGCCUCAGGCGGAAUCCAGGGCCUCCCGGGGCUGCGGCGGAUGGUCUGAGGGCCGCGCAGACAUGGCUCACCUCAGGGGAUUUGCCAACCAGCACUCGCGUGUGGACCCCGAGGAGCUCUUUACCAAGCUGGACCGCAUUGGCAAGGGCUCCUUUGGGGAGGUGUUCAAGGGCAUCGACAACCGCACCAAGGAGGUGGUGGCCAUCAAGAUCAUUGACCUGGAGGAGGCCGAGGACGAGAUCGAGGACAUCCAGCAGGAGAUCACUGUGCUCAGCCAGUGUGACAGCCCCUACAUCACCCGAUACUUCGGCUCCUACCUGAAGAGCACAAAGCUGUGGAUUAUCAUGGAGUACCUGGGCGGCGGCUCCGCACUGGACCUGUUGAAACCGGGCCCCCUGGAGGAGACCUACAUCGCCACGAUCCUGCGGGAGAUUCUGAAGGGCCUGGACUACCUGCACUCGGAGCGCAAGAUCCACAGAGACAUCAAAGCUGCCAAUGUGCUGCUCUCAGAGCAAGGUGACGUGAAGCUGGCAGACUUCGGGGUGGCGGGGCAGCUCACGGACACGCAGAUCAAGAGGAACACAUUUGUGGGCACCCCCUUCUGGAUGGCACCCGAAGUCAUCAAGCAGUCAGCCUAUGACUUCAAGGCCGACAUUUGGUCGCUGGGGAUCACAGCCAUCGAGCUGGCCAAGGGUGAGCCUCCGAACUCUGACCUCCACCCCAUGCGCGUCCUGUUCCUGAUCCCCAAGAACAGCCCGCCCACGCUGGAGGGCCACCACAGCAAGCCUUUCAAGGAGUUUGUGGAGGCCUGCCUUAACAAGGACCCCCGCUUCCGGCCCACCGCCAAGGAGCUCCUGAAGCACAAGUUCAUCACACGAUACACCAGGAAGACCUCCUUCCUGACCGAGCUCAUCGACCGCUACAAGCGCUGGAAGUCUGAGGGGCACGGCGAGGAGUCGAGCUCCGAGGACUCGGACAUUGAUGGAGAUGCUGAGGACGGAGAACAGGGCCCCAUCUGGACGUUUCCCCCAACCAUCCGGCCGAGCCCACACAGCAAGCUGCACAAGGGGACAGCCCUGCAUGGCCCCCAGAAGGCUGUGGAGUCCGUCAAGAGGCAGCCGCGGUCCCAGUGCCUGUCCACGCUGGUCCGGCCUGUCUUCGGAGAGCUCAAAGAGAAGCACAGGCAGAGUGGCGGGGGUGUGGGGGCUCUGGAGGAGCUGGAGAACGCCUUCAGCCUGGCCGAGGAGUCCUGCCCCGGCAUCUCUGACAAGCUGAUGGCUCACCUGGUGGAGCGGGUGCAGAGGUUUUCACACAACAGAAACCACCUGCCGUCUGCCCGCUAAAGCUGCUGUUUGUGCAGAGGGGAGAGAAGGGUCUUGUUUUGAGCUCUGUACGGACUGUGCUGACUUGGAACCCCUUGUGGGACAGGGCCCCCCACCCUGUGCUGAGGGCUGUCUGCUUCCAUUUCCUCCUGGCCUGGCUGAGGUUACCCGGCAGCAAAGACUCAUGGAGAACUGUGCAGCCCUGGAGGCGGCAGGUGCAGCCUCCUCAACUCCCCUUGGCAGAGCCGUCCCUCCUUGGACUCACGGGAUGGUAGCCACUGGAACUGAAGGUGGGGGAGCUGUUGGGCAAGUCAGCCUUCUCCCCCGCUCCCCCAGGCGCCCCGCCCCCACCCAGGGCCCACGUUGGCCCACAGUGGUUGUAGAUUUGCCUUGUGGUGUUGGAUCGGGUACUGUGUCUUCUCAUAAGUACGAGUGUCAGCCAGAAUGUUUUUUGUUUAAGAAAACCGAACUUCCUUGUUUCCCCUUAUACUCUGAGGUUAAGGUGUUAGUUUUCAUAGGACAUUGAGAGACUUCUGCCACUUUCAAUAAAGACCUGAAAUGAA